UUGUGACUUCCUGUGCGCAUCCGGCACGCAUGAUUUUUUGACGCGUUGAGACAAAUUCGUAGUUAAAACGUGUAUUGCUUUAAGAGUUCAAAAUGGUAUCGGUAGAGGAAUUAUAUAAGAAUUUCGGGAUAUUAGCAGACGCUAAAGACAAAGCCGGAGAGCACACCACAGAGUACAUGUCCUUCCUGGAUGCAGUCAAGGGUGCAGCUGGAGAGAAAAGAUUAGCAUCACAGUUCAUUGCAAGAUUCUUCAAAUAUUUCCCAAGUCUUUCUCCAAAAGCAAUCAAUGCACUGUUUGAUUUGUGUGAAGAUAGUGAUGUCAAUAUCAGAAAGCAGGCCAUCAAAGAUUUGCCGUCCCUGUGUAAAGUAAGCCCUGAGCAUGUGCCGAAGAUAGCGGAGGCUCUCACUCAGCUAUUGGCAUGUGAAGAUUCAGCUGAGCUGAGCAAUGUACAGACAUCCCUCUACUCCCUCUUCUCCAUCAAUACCAAAGGUGCCUUGGAGGGAAUAUUCAGUCAAAUUCUAGCCGACCAUGAGGAGGACGAUGUUGUGAGAGACCGAGCAAUCAAGUUCCUGGUGCUGAAACUGAAGACGCUGGGAGAAGAAGCGAUGGACAAACAUGCAGAGGAGUUUAUCAUGACACAGGCAAAGAAGGUGCUGGAUGAUGUUACGAAGGAUGAGUUCAUUGCUGUGAUGGACAUCCUGCGGAACCUGCGAGUGAUGAGCACUGUCCAGGGUAGGCAGCAGCUGGUGGACAUCGUCACUGAGCAGGCCGAGCUUGGACAAGCAUUGGAGGUUACAGAUACAGAUUGUGUAGACAGACUGAUGCAGUGUGUCCGAACUGCCAUCCCCUUGUUCUCUAAAAAUGUUCAUUCCAAGGCAUUUGUUGGUUACAUCUGUGACAACGUGCUUCCCUCCCUGUCCAGCCUGGCCAGUCCUGAGCAAGACGUCAACAUUCAGCUGGAGAUGCUCAAACUCUUUGCAGAAAUCUCAGAGUUCAGUGGGGACAUAGAAAAAACUGAUGAACGACUAGAAAAGGUGUUUGACAGGUUACUGGAAUAUAUGCCAUUGCCACCAUCAGAAGAAAACGACGAGUUGUCAUCAAAUGAGGAACCCAAGCUCAAGUUCUCUUUUGUGGAAUGUUUAAUGUUUGCUUUCCAUCAACUGGCCAGGAAGAGUCCCGAGUUCCUGACAGAUGAAGGCAAUGCAGAGAGGCUGAAAGAUUUCAAGAUCAGGUUGCAGUACUUCGCCCGGGGUGUGCAGGUGUACAUCAAGCAGCUGAAAGCAGCACUGCAGGGCAAGACUGGAGAGACGCUCAAGACAGAAGAGAACAAAAUCAAGGUUGUGGCACUGAAGAUUACCUCCAACAUCAACACACUGAUCAAGGAUCUGUUCCACAACCCACCAUCUUACAAAGCUACCAUCACCCUCUCCUGGAGACCCAUCACAAAAACAGCUCCUGCAUCUACAAACGCUGCCAAUGGAGCUGCUAGCCAGAAGAGAAUCACUCCAAUCACAUUUGACUCGGAUGGGUCUGGAGGAAAGAAAGUAAACAAACAAGGGAGACAACUCUACUCUCCUCCGGGUGGAAAGUUCAGUGAAAAAGCAGGUACCUACCCUCAAGGUCAAGGUCAAGGAGGCCAGGGCGGUCGAGGUCGUGGACGAGGAUCAUACAGAGGCUUUAACCGAGGUCGGGGUCGUGCUUACAGACGGUGGUGAGAAGAUGAUGGAUGUGUGAUGGAGAAGACAGACGUGUAGUCAUGACAACCGGCCACACCGAUCUUCCCCUCCUCACUUACAUACUACAUGACAACAUUGUAGUGAAUCUACACAGUUAAAGUGUCAACGGGAACUUCACAGCCAUUGCCCAGUACAUUAGAGCUUCGAUAUCAAGGCAGCAGGGUGGCUUGGAAGGCGCGCAAAUUUUCUAAUGUUUGUCUUAUGUCCAUUUAAACAGUAUUGACAGAAUAAUCUUGUUUAAAUUCUUCAUACAGAAAAGAAUG